AUGAAGAGGGGGAGCGACGCCCCCAAUAGUUGGAACAAACCGCCCCCCUCCGGAGCCCAGCGCGGAGCAGCCGGGUUUGAGGAUGUCAGCGAGCAGCCAAUCAGCGCCCGCGGCCUAAGUCUGACAGGACGUGAUGUCCUGACGCCCUUCCCAGGCCUGGGCACAGCAGCAGCCCCGGCACAGGCUGGUGCCCACCUGAAGCAGUGUGACCUGCUGAAGCUGUCCCGGCGGCAGAAGCAGCUCUGCAGGAGGGAGCCUGGCCUGGCUGAGACCCUGAGGGAUGCGGCACAUCUGGGGCUGCUGGAAUGUCAGUUCCAGUUCAGGCAGGAGCGUUGGAACUGCAGCCUGGAGGGGAGGACUGGCCUGCUCCAGAGAGGCUUCAAGGAAACAGCCUUCCUGUACGCAAUGUCUGCAGCUGCCCUCACGCAUGCGCUAGCCCGGGCCUGCAGUGCUGGGCGCAUGGAGCGUUGCACCUGUGAUGACUCCCCUGGCCUGGAAAGCAGGCAGGCCUGGCAGUGGGGCGUGUGUGGUGACAACCUGAAGUAUAGCACCAAGUUCCUAAGCAACUUCCUGGGCCCCAAGAGAGGAAGCAAGGACCUCCGGGCCCGAGCCGAUGCCCACAACACCCAUGUGGGCAUCAAGGCUGUGAAGAGUGGCCUGAGAACCACCUGUAAGUGCCACGGUGUGUCGGGCUCCUGUGCCGUGCGCACCUGCUGGAAGCAGCUUUCCCCGUUUCGCGAGACUGGCACGGUGCUGAAGCUACGCUAUGACACGGCUGUCAAGGUAUCCAGUGCCACCAACGAGGCUUUGGGCCGUCUGGAGCUAUGGGCACCUGCUAAGCCAGGUGGGCCUGCCAAGGGCCUGGCACCUCGCCCCGGGGACCUGGUCUACAUGGAAGACUCUCCCAGUUUCUGCCGGCCUAGCAAGUACUCUCCAGGCACAGCAGGCCGGGUGUGUUCUCGGGACACGAGCUGCAGCAGCCUGUGCUGUGGGCGAGGCUACGACACCCAGAGCCGCAUGGUGGCUUUCUCCUGCCACUGCCAGGUGCAGUGGUGCUGCCAUGUGGAGUGCCAGCAGUGUGCACAGCAGGAGCUGGUGUAUACCUGCAAGCGCUAGGCCUCCACCAGGUGAGACUGUGGUACUGCCAGGACUCCCGCCACACAGGACACCGGCUAGCACCUACCGGCCGACGCACAGGCUGUGCACCAGAGUGUGCCCCUCAUCUCCCCCAACAGAUCGUUGGCCUGCCUUCUGCCUUCCUCACUAUUCAGAGAGAGAAACAAAGCCCUGCCUCUGAGUCCCAGGAUCGCCAACCUGGCUGAGGACUUGGGACAGAACAGACUGAGAAGA